CCAGAGCGGCGCCACGUCCACUGCGGCUGCGGGAGGGAAGCAGGCCUGGACCGCCCGGGUCGCCAUGGCCUUUACUCUCUACUCGCUGCUGCAGGCUGCCCUGCUGUGCGUCAAUGCCAUUGCCGUGCUGCACGAGGAGCGCUUCCUCAAAAACAUUGGCUGGGGAGCAGACCAGGGAAUCGGCGGAUUUGGAGAGGAGCCAGGAAUUAAGUCUCAGCUAAUGAACCUUGUUCGAUCUGUAAGAACUGUGAUGAGAGUGCCAUUGAUAAUAGUAAACUCAAUUGCAAUUGUAUUACUUUUAUUAUUUGGGUGAACAUCUGUGCAGGAAAUGGAGACUCGGAAGAAGAGAUGCCAGCAGAAGUUCCUACUUCAGUCAUUAUUGGAAUAUUCAUAGCAGGCCGACCUCACACUUGACAAAAAUGUAAAGUUGACAAUUAAAGCAAAGUUUCUCUUUAUCUGAUUCUUUAAAAUGUUGCACUUGCAGUUUCAUUAUAAAAAGAUCAGAUCAUCAGAGGCAGUAAUUCUUCAGGAUUGGGAAAUAUUUGAUUGCUGACUGUUAAUAAUAGUUCGUGUCAUGAUAAAGAUUGUUAAAAGGGUACAGGAUUGUCACGUCUGUGUUUUAAAAUAUUUUUCUAUCUCUCACUUCUCAGGGAUGAAUUUUUGUUCCAAAGUUUUGAUUCCUUAUGCAUUAAUUAUUAUGUGAGAGUGAUUAUUCCUCUAGAUAAAAUUUAACAGAUUUUCUAAAACUCAUUACAUAUGAAGUGACAAACAGGUAAUUUGAAUAAUUUUAUUUUGACCUCUUUGUUUAACUAUUUUGUCUGUAUACGUCCAUUGUGAAUAAUUCAAAUUUAUAGGCAUUAUGAAGAAGAAUGCUCUGUAAAGUCACAUGAUGCUUGUACUGUUCAUUUCAUUUGUUAUUUUUAUUAAUUGGUAGAAAACCCUUUGUAGAAAAGUCUGUGCCCUUUUUACAAUGAUGAUGUAUUUCUUAAAAUACACAUAAACAUUAUCCUGAAAGAGCAAUCCCAAACAAUUGCAAUUGGACUGUACUCUAUAAGACUUCAUUGUGAAUCAUUUAUUUUUAUUGUAAACCAUUUAUCUCCCCCAAAUCAUCACAUUUCCCUUUCUUGAUGGAGUAGCUCAUUAAAGGGUGUUGUUCUUGUUUCUUUGUUCUGUCUGUGAGGACUAAAUAAGUUAUUUUGUAUUUUUUUUGUGUGUGUUUUUACAGGUUUACUCAUCCCACAAUGCAAUUUUAUGCAGAAAGGUUAAAAUUGUGUAAAUGCUUUUUGUGAAAAUUGCCAGUUAAUAUUUUAAAUGGCUGGAAUGGCAUCUUUGUUUAUAGGAGAACAUUUGUAAAUAAAGUUGAAUUUCCAAGGCAA